UAAUACAAUUCUUUUUUUAUUAUAAAAAAAAAAAUUAUUCCAGUUUUUUUCAACCAACGCAUAAUUUGAAAAUUUAAAAAGAAAAAUCUUUUUAUUUAAUCAAAUUAUUACACGUUUUUUAAUUUAAAAUAAUGAAGGUUGACGUUAAAGAUAGAACGGGAACUUAUUUAUGUUCUAUUGAUUUGCCAUAUAACGCUACUUUGGAAAAUCUAAGAAAUGCAUUUUAUUUAAAACAAUAUUACUAUGCGGAACGUCAGCGAUUUACACUUGGUUCUGUGAAAGGUCCCGUUUUAGUCGAUGGCUUACUUUUAGAUCAGCAUGUUGUGGAUGGCUCUACCCUAUACUUCAAAGAUUUAGGGGUUCAAAUUUCUUGGAGACUUGUUUUUGUUUUGGAAUAUUUAGGGCCAUGUUUAAUAGUUCCACUCUUUUGGUUUUUCCCUUCCAUUUUUUAUUUCGAAUCUUUUUCAUAUAAUAUCACGCAUUCAAAAACUCAACUUGCUGCUGUUACACUUUUUGUGACUCAUUUCAUUAAGAGAGAACUUGAAACUCUGUUCAUUCAUCGAUUUAGUAAUGCUACAAUGCCUGUCAUCAGACUUCCUAUUAAUUGUGCUCAUUACUGGCUUAUAUGUGGUGUCGGCAUAGGAUAUUAUUUGUGCCAUCCUCUUUAUCAACCGCCGUUUAAUGAUAAUUUAAUUUACAUUUAUACAAUGUCUCUUUUGUUUUGUAUAUUUGAAGGGCUAAAUUUCAAAACUCAUUUAAUUUUAAGGGAGUUGCGCCCCCGUGGAACAAAGAAACGAGGUAUUCCUCACGGAUGGGGAUUUCAGUGGGUCUCCUGUGCUAAUUACACUUGGGAAAUUGGUGCUUGGGUAUCUUUUUCUUUUUUAACAAUGGUUUUGACAAGUUAUUUUUUCCUAUUCGUUGCCUUCACUCAAAUGCUUAUCUGGGCAUUGAAAAAGCAUGCUAAUUAUCGUAAAAUGAAUUCAAAUUAUCCAAGACAUCGAAAAUCAAUGAUUCCGUUUAUUAUCUAAGCAAUUUUAUCGGGUUGUCUAGUGUAAUAGGGAUCAAUUCUACCAAAAUUUUUUGCGACAAACUUUUGCUUCUAAGACAAUCUAUCAUCAUUGUGAUAGUAAUUUUGUUUAUCUUGUUUCUGUUACAUUUCUACAUAUAAAUUUUACCGAUUUAAUAUAAAAUAAGACAAUAAACAAGAAAAAAUUAGAGUCUGUAAAUUCGUAUCUAGAUAAAUUAAAUUAUUAAUUUUAUAACUGAACAGAUUGAAUUUCCUAGGACUAGUUUUUUCCAAAAACUUUAGUGUUUCUUCGUUCAAAUUUUUUUUUGAGCUAAAAUAUUAGAUUUUGUCAACAUUCAAAAUUUUUAAAAUUUGUCGACUUUUUUUUCUUGUAAGAAACAGUAAUGCCUGCAAUUAAACAAGAAUAAUUGUUGCUUUUGCAAUCGUCAUUCCUACAGUUAACAAUUUUUUUUAAAAUUUUUUGUUUUCUAUUAAAAUAAUUAAGUGUGAUCAUCUAUUUGUAUUUUUUGCUUUUGAUCAAAAUUAUCUAACGAGUAUUUUUCAACAAGUUAUUAAAAUAGUUUUAACGCUACUCAAAUGUAUUCUAAUUUAACCAAUUCAAAAAUAGGUCAACAAACAUCGCAUCCAGUUGUUAAUACUAUUCAAACCACAAGUUUAACCAAUUUUUCAACGGGCAUUCUAACAUCUUUUUUCCUUACUGUAUUCACUGAAUUAGGUGACCGGACAUUUUUUAUUACAAGUAUUUUAGUGUUAAGUCUUCCGUCUCAUUUAGUGUUUUGGGGGAGUUGGAUUGCUUUAGUUCUUCAAACCAUCCUUUCAACACUUUUUGGUUACUGCCUUCAUCUUCUACCAACAACUUUAAAAUCUUCUUCAUACUUGGCCUACCCGUUUGAUGACUAUGCAGCGGCUAUAUUUCUUCUAGUUUUCGCAUGUCAACACACAUGGAAGUGGUACCACGCAACAAGUGUUUCUUCUCAUACAUCGUCUUCUUUAUCUCAAUCAUACGUUUCGUUACCAUCAAAAGAAGUUUUUGAUUCUUCUUGUACUAAAGACUCAUCAAAGAGUAAGAGAGACUCUUUUAAAAAAGACGAUAUUGAAUCUCUUUAUAUAGAAUAUGUAUCCCCUCAUACAAAAAGUCAUGAAACAACUCAAUCCCUAUUAUCAACCCACAAUAAACCUUCACUUGAGCCGUGUUCCUUCUCUCAGGACGCAAAUCUUUCAAAAAAUGACAACCAAGUUUUGCACGAUGAUCGCGUAGAAGCACAAAAAAUUGUGGGCGAGUUACAACCUCAAAAAAUUAAUAAAACAACACUUAAUAUUCUUCUACGAGUUUUUUGGGUUAUUUUUAUCUCUGAAUUAGGAGAUAAAUCAAUGUUUUCUACGGUUGCUUUAGCUACAACUCAAAACCCCUUUGCUGUAUGCUUGGGUGGAUCUUUAGCUCAUUGUUUUGUAACGUUACUUGCAACUUUAACCGGAAGUUUAUUUGAAAAGCAUAUAUCCGAGCAAUUAGCCAAUGGCAUUGGAGCUUUACUGUUUUUCUUUUUUGCUAUUUUUACUGUUGCAGAAGGGCUUCAUCGCCAAGGCAUUUUAUUAUGGCGUUUUCUCAAUUUAUUCAACAUUUUUCCAAGUUCAUAUACAUCAUCUUUAAACUCGAAGUAAUUCAAUUCAAAUUAUGCUUUUAAUAGUAUCUUUGAUUGAAAUAGCUUAUACAAAAAUAAACCAUCACAUAUUAGAUAUUUUUAGUCGAAGCUUCUUUCCUGUAAUUGUAGUAGUUGGUAUUCUGGUAUUUGAUACAUCGUUUUUUAACGAAAUUGCUCUUCUAACAUUGUUUAUGUUUAAUUUCUCUAAAAAAAGCAACUUUACAGAAAAUUGGUUCGCAUUG